AUGGACUGGGCGACCCAGCAGCAGCAAGACGAUGAUGCGAUUCAGGGACUGUUCGCCGACCCUACCCACGCACCCGAAAUCAAUCUCGAGGGCCCAAUAGACCAGUCUGGGAAGGCCGACGAUGCAGAGGACUUUGAGGAUUUCAGCGACGAUGAGCUGCCCGAGGAGGAGGAAGAGGGAGGGGCCAACGGCACUUCCGAGCAACCCCCCGCCCUGACCAGCGAUGGCGGCACCAGCAACGAUAUUGACGAUGACCUCUUCGGUGAGCGCGAGUCGUCGCCUAUGCAGGUCGAGCCGGCCAUGUCGCCCGGCGCUGCCAUCGCCGACGUCGAUCAACAAGACAUCGAGAUGGGAGGAGGCGAUGACUUGGCUGACCUGCGGCGCCUGAACUUCGACCCCGAGCCGAGUUAUCCUAUGGCAAACCAGGACCCGAAUAUUCCUUCGGCUCCGGAGAACGUCCUCGAGUUGCUCAAACAGACCUAUCCUGAGUUCGAGAGGGGCAAGAUCCUCAACUUCAACGAGCUUUUCCCGCCCAGAAAGGCCAACUGGGUUGAUAAGAAGCCUACGAGGAACCCGAAACCCCUCAUCCCUACAAAGCUCAGCCUGGAGGUCGACAUUGGUCAGGAGAAGUCAUUCAUGAAACCAGGACCAGCCUCUGCCACCACCGCCGAGAAGAUACAGGCUGCAGAGAAGGAGGGUCUGGUCUCUCUGCUGAAACCCGAGCCUAUCAACGAGGAUGAGCUCGAGAUCUUUGGUAGAGAUGACCCGGACUCGGACCAGGAACUCAUUGGUGGCUUCACCCUCAGGGACAUCGAGACUGUCUGUGAAGACUGGGACGACAUUAUCGAUCCUGCAACGCCCACGUUCCACCAGGCUUCUCCAGCAGCAGAGGAUGAGGAAGACCACCAGUGGUACCUCGAUAUGGGUCUUGCGCCUCCCAAGCCUAAGCGCCGCAAGAUCUCGCACGCCAAGGGUCUGCCAGAAAUCUCAUGGUUUGCCGCACCAUCAUUCGACGACUUCGAGGAGGCGACAGCGAGGAGUGCCAAGCGUGUCCGGCUCGAUCUGAAUGACCCGUACCUGCUCAUUGACGACAAUGAAGCCGAGCGACCCGCCAAACGGCCGAGGCCAAGCUCCAAGAUGGUCCGCAUGGCCGACGGCAAGGUGGCAUCAGACAUCACACAGCGCUUCGACAUAUCAAACGAUGAUGCGUAUGAGGCCCUCAAGGAGAACGUCAGGGACAAGGUCAGGGCUACCUUGGGUGGAGUGCAGGUCGAGCACAGCGUUCCUGCUCGCAAACUGCUCUACCCUUACUACAUGGUCAAACUCUCGGACCCAACCCCUUUCAACUACCAUCGCCCGAGCCUUCGCGUUCGCCGCCAGGUGGGUGCCAAGCUGAACUGGGCCAAACCCAGGCAUCACAGGCGGAAGGACUUCAAGUCCUCUAGGGUGAGCGAUGUCUACAAGGCUUCCAGGGAUCUCAGUCUCAACGAUAACUCGACGGCCGUCCUCUUUGAAUACUGCGAAGAGAUCCCUACUGUCCUGUCCAACUUCGGAAUGGGUAGUAAGAUUGUCAACUACUUCCGCGUCAAUCACGACCCUGAAGACAAGCCCACCGACAAGCUCGCCCUCGGCGAGACCAAGAUCCUCUUGCCAGAAGACAGGUCUCCCUUUGCGAACUUUGGUGACGUCCCCAAGGGGCAGACGGUACCUACCCUUUGGAACCACAUGUACCGCGCGCCCAUAUUCAAGCACGAGCCGCGGAAGACUGACUUCAUCAUUGGCCGUAUAACCGACGACAAUGAGAGCAAGUACUACAUGCGCAGCAUUGAUCACAUCUAUGUUGUUGGGCAGAACUUUCCGUCUGUGGAAGUCCCAGGACCGCAUUCCAGAAAGGUCACAAACACCAGCAAGAACCGGAUGAAGAUGCUCGCAUACCGUUUUAUCACAAAGCAUGGCUUUCUAUCUCUCGAAGACAUCACAACUCAUAUCGCAGAGUCCAACAUUGCCCAGAACCGACAGAAGCUCAGAGAAUUUCUCCAGUACGACAAAGACGCGAGGACCUGGAGCCUGCGGGAGGGCGAGAAGCUCAUGGAUCCCGACUCUAUCAACUCGAUGGUUCAGCCCGAGGACGUCUGCCUUAUGGAUGCGAUGCAGGUCGGAGCAUACGAGGUUGAAAAGGCCGGCUUUGCUAUCGACCAAGCCGACCUCGACAAGGAUGACGACGACGGGACUGGCGCAACGGAGAACAUAGCAGUGCAACUCUCGCCGUGGAAGACGACCAAGGCCUUCCUCGACGCUACGAGUGGCAAGGCAAUGCUGAAGCUGCGCGGUGAGGGUGAUCCGACAGGCCGGGGCCUGGGCUUCAGCUUCAUCAAGACCUCUAUGAAGGGUGGUUUCCUCAACGUGUAUCACGAGCAGGGCCCUCAGUCCACAUCGGCAGACGCUCUAGAGCGCGAGAAGAAGGCGAAUGGCGGGCACUCGUACAACGUCAAGAAGCAGAAUGACGCGUACGCAGAGGUCAUCGCGGAUAUUUGGAACAAACAGCAGAGGACCCUCAGCGACACCCAGAUCCACGAUGACGCCGACGUCGCCCCCCAGGAGGACGAGGAUGAACGUUUGUAUGCCAACGCGGCCAACGGCUCCUUCCAGGCACACGUCAACGGUGUGGGUGCGACUCCGCGGUUCGACGAGGGUGUGAGCCAGAUCAGUCGGAGUGCUACCAGCGCUGCACGAGCCGCGAUGCGGCGGCGAUUGAAAAUCGUGAGAACUAUACGUGAACCAGACGGCACGGAGAAGGACGUUGAGGAAAUCAUUGAGGACCCUGGAAUUAUCAAGGAAUACACGGCAAGAAGGAAUGCCAUCCAGGAGGCGGAAGUCGAUAUCUUUGCCGGUUUUACUGGUGACGAGGAGCACGACAGGAUUCCCUCUAUCGAGAAAGGUGGUACCACUCGAAAGUGUGCGAAUUGCGGCAUGGUUGGCCACAUCAAGACCAACAAGAAAUUGUGCCCAGUGCUCAACGGAUCCAUGGGCAGCAAGCCGGCCGGUGAGGACACCACUGGCACCUACGGCGAGUCUUGA